AUGUCGACCAACAAGGAAAAGGACAGAAAGCCGCACGAGCUCGUCAGGACGGGCCCGACCGUCACCCAGGCGCUCGCGGAGAACCCCCAUCUCAGCCCGCGCAGGGCCGCGUGGAAGACGUACCCGAAACCGUUCUUUCUGAAGCGUCUAUUGCUGCGAUUCCAGAUUAGACACGACCUGUAUAAGGGCAGGGGCGAUAAUGACCUUACGCAGGAGGACCUCGACGAGGCCGCUCAAUCGGGGAACUUCCCGUACAGGCCAUCUAACCUUUUCCUCAAGAUAUAUUCCGAUGUACUGUUAUGUCUUGCUCGAGACCCCUUGAGCGGCCUCGUAUCGCCACCUCUCAUGGCAUCGUCGGCUGUUAUGCCUCUAUCUAUCAUUAGUGUAAUUCCUGACAUCAUGAAACACUACUACCACUGCAUCGUUAAUGCCGAGAAACAAGUCUUAUUAGCUACUAACUACCUUCAACCCUCUGACUCCCACAAGACUAUAUUCAAUGCGUUCAGGGAGCUGAGCAAACGCGUCGGCGAGAGAGGACAAAAAGAGAAGAUCAUAGUGAAACUUAUUUACGACCGAGGCACACCGAAGCAAUUCUUUAAGAACCAUGUGCAGGUUAAGCCGAAUUCUGGCCCGUGGAAGGGCGUUGAGCUCCCCGAUCCGAGUGAAAUCCCUAAUAUCGACCUCGAAGUCAUUAACUUUCAUCGCGUACUCCUCGGGACGUUCCACGCCAAGUUUAUGGUAGUGGAUGAGAAGGUAGUGCUGCUUAAUAGUAAUAACAUUCAGGACCGUCCUAAUGUCGAGAUGAUGAUCCACCUCGAAGGCCCCAUCGUCUCCGCCUUCGUCGACACCUUCGUCCUCUCCUGGAACAACCGCUUCAAGCCGCUCCCGCCGCUGAUCGCGCACCCCGUCCCGCCGCCCUCGUCGAACUUCAAGUUCGACGGCGAGAACCCGUUCCUGCGGCACAUCGACGUGAUCCGCGCGGCACGGGCUGCACGCGCGCUCUUGAAGCAGCAGGGCGAGGGCGACCGCGCGCGCGCGAAAGACGUGCGGAGGCACCAUGGGGAGUGGCAGGGCGCGCUAAGGGGGAUGGGGUUCGAUUUUGGGGGGCUGGAGGCGCCCGGGGAGGCGAGCGGGAGUCAGGUGGGACGCCAGCGGUUUGCGGACGCGGUCGAGACGAUGAUGCAGAGGCAUGGUAUUGGGGGAAGGAGGAAGAGCUCAAAGAAUGUUUUGGAGAACGGCGCGGAGGACGGUGAUGCAGGGAUUGCGCACAACGGCUCGCCGUCCAACGGGGAGAGUAAAGGAGUCCAGUUGGCGCACGCCAUCGUGGAAGCCAAGAUCAAGCAAGACAGUGCGUCUAACCACGACACGGAUGGGGAGGCCCACGAGAAGAAUGGUACCGCCGCCCCUGACGCGCGCAGUGCUGGUUCGAGCACCGCCGUGGAUCAGGACAUCGGCGGGCAUCCCAAGGAUAAGGAGGACCGUGAUCGCCCAAUAAACGGUGCGUCUGCUGGCCAGGAAGCCGAUGCGAAUGGGCAGCUGGAGCGGCCCGCGCCGGAGCCGCUCAGCCAGAGCGCCAGCGAGGACAGUCGGACGUCGACGUCGCGCGCUGUGCCGCCCGUGGAUGGGAAUGGUCAAGAGCUGUUUGAUUCGCCGGAGGCGGUGCGGAAGCGGAAACACGCCCUGUCUCAAGCCCUAAACGCAGGUACAAUUCGUCCCACGACGGCGAAUAUCGACGAUGAUACGCUGCUGGAGGAUUUCAGGCCGCACCUGAUCCACAAAGCACACGAUCCGUUCCCCAUUGCGUUGGUGAACAGGAAGCCUCAUGGAAUGCCGGGACACCAGGAUAUCCGGACGCCGCAGAAUGCUGCGUGGCUUGCCGGGUUUAGGUACGCGAAGCGCAAGGUGUUCAUUCAGACUCCGACGCUGAACGCUGCGCCUGUGGUCCGGGCGUGUAUUGACACGGCCAAGCGGGGAGUGCAAGUGGUUCUAUACCUUGACCUUGGGUUCAAUGAUAAGGGGGAGAGUAUUCCAUUCCAGGGUGGGACCAAUCAGGAGGUGGUGAUAAAGAUGUACAAGGAGCUGAAGAAGGUCGGGAAGGAGCAGUUCCUUGACGUGUACUGGUAUACAGGCAAGGAUCAGAUCCGGCCUAUUAAUGCGAUCUAUAAAAGCCGUAACUGUCAUGUAAAGUUCAUGGUUAUCGACGAUGAAGUCGGCAUUCAGGGCAAUGGAAACCAAGAUACCCAGAGUUGGUUCCAUUCGGAGGAGGUGAACGUCCUUGUCGACUCCAAGCAGAUCGUGCGCGAAUGGAUGGAGGCGCUCGAGGCUAACCAGAACACGGGCCGGUAUGGAAAAGUACAGAGAGAUGGCAUCUGGCGUGAUAGCCUUGGCCGCACCGUGUCCUUCUACGAUGACGAAGUGACGGAACAGGAGAAAGAGAGGAAGAGGAAGGAGAAGGAACAGGCCAAGAAACAUGCGCAAAGGGUGAUGGAAAAGCGAAAUAUAUCGGAGCACAAGCCGGAGGGACAGUGAACACUGGCUCCCGGUGUGCCCUUUCAUGCGGGUUUUGAUAUUGACCUGUGCGCUUUGACCGAUAGGUCGGUGAUUUAGUGGAUUAUGGACUCUUGGGCUAUAUUGGCGGUAUAAUCAUGAUAUAUGGACUUGGAAUGAUUGGAUGUAUUUUGGAUGUCGUAUUGGAUUGAUCUGCUGCCGUACAAACGAUCGCCCUCCUGC